CAGGUGUGGCCCUAAAAAGCAAUAAAUAAACAAACAAAUUGGGGCUGAGUUACAAGGAAACGCCCACAUUUUAAAUUGCUCCCUGAGGAUCUGUGGUAAGCUACCCUGCUGCAUGAAGAAGGGACUGGCAUGGCUUCUACUAGACUGCGCCCACUUACACCUGAAGCAGCUGACGGGUCCCAGGAGCCCGGGACAAUUGGUUGGGGCUCUUCCCACCCAGCCCUGCUCCGCCCAGCGAUCAGCAACCACACCUGGCCUUGGAGGGGACACGGCACCCCAUCCCGCUGCAAGGAGCUCCUGUAAGCACGCAUGUGAGCAGCUUUUGGGUGCUCAGGCCCGGCCAUGGCGGAGCUGUGCCGCACGGACUCCUCUCUGGGUGCCCUGGGCGAGGAGAUGCUGUGGGAGAUGGUGGAGGACCACCGCUGCCGGAUCGUGCGCAGCGUCUGCCCCAGCCGCCUCACCCCCUACCUGCGCCAGGCGAAGGUGCUGGACCAGCUGGACGAGGAGGAGGUGCUGCACAGCCCCAGGUUCACCAACACGGCCAUGAGAGUUGGGCACUUGCUGGAUUUGCUGAAGACCCGAGGCAAGAACGGGGCCAUCGCCUUCCUGGAGAGCCUGAAGUUCCACAACCCCGACGUCUACACCCUGGUCACUGGGCUGCAGCCCAGUGUGGACUUCACCAACUUCAGUGGGCUCAUGGAGACGUCCAAGCUGACUGAGUGCCUGGCUGGGGCCAUCAGCAGUCUGCAGGAGGAGCUGAGUCAGGAGAAGGGCCAGAAGGAGGCGCUGCUGCAGCAGUGCCGGGGGCUGCAGGAGCGUGUGGCUCAGGCCGAGGCCCGUGUUGAGAGCCUGCGCCAGCUGGAGGCCGACCACAGCCGCAUGAAGCGCGAGGUCAGCGCCCACUUCCACGAGGUGCUGAAGCUGAAGGACGAGAUGCUGAGUCUCUCGCUGCACUACAGCAACGCGCUGCAGGAGAAGGAGCUGGCCGCCACGCGCUGCCGCAGCCUGCAGGAGGAGCUGUAUCUCAUGAAGCAAGAGCUGCAGCGGGAGAAGAUGUCUUCUUCCUGUGAGCGCGAGUUUCGAGAACGGUCCCUGAAGAUGGCGAGCGACCUGGAGCCUGGAGACGAGGAGCUGAGCCGCCUGAAGGAGGAGAACGAGAGGCUCCGCUCCCUGACCUUCAGCCUGGUGGAGAAGGACAUUCUGGAGCAGAGCCUGGACGAGGCGCUGGAGAGCAGGCAGGAGCUGGUGGACCGCAUCCACUCUCUGAGGGCACGGGCCGUGGCAGCCGAGAGACAGCGAAAGCAGUACUGGGAAGAGAAGGAGCAGACCCUGCUGCAGUUCCAGAAGACUAAGGUGGACUGUGAGAUCUACAAGGAGAAGAUGAGCGCCUUGCAGGGCCAGGUGGUGGAGCUGCAGAAGGAGCGGGACCAGGCUUACUCAGCAAGGGACGGAGCCCAGAUGGAGAUUUCUCAGAACCUGACGGAGAAGGACGCCCUCCGCAGGAAGGUGUUUGAACUGACUGACCAGGUCUGCGAACUGCGCCAGCAGCUCCAGCGGCUGCAGGCCUGCUCCAGGUCACCCCCGGGGCCCAAGCAGGAGGCCGGGGCCAAGGAGCCUGGUCCGAAGGGGAAACAGCGGCUCGUGCGCAUGUUCGCCCUCUGCCCGCGGGAUGACAGCGACAGCAGCUCUGUGGAGUCUCAGCUCUGGUCUGACCUGAGCGCCACAUCCAGCCGAGAGCUGGUGGACAGCUUCCGCUCCAGCAGCCCUGUGCCUCCCAGCCAGCAGUCCCUGUACAAGCGGGCGGCAGAGGACUUUCGGGAAGACCCUUGGUCUUUCAGCGGCUGCCCAGACAUCCCGGAGGUGGACCAGGGAGGAUCCCCCGGUGCCAAGGCGGGUGAUGCAGACCUGGAUUAUGAGAUCGUAGACAGGGCAGACCUUCCUGAGUCCGAGGGCAGCCUGCAGCCGUUCUCUGGGGACCUCUACCUCUCCGCCAGCAGUGUGCCUGUGCGGCGGAGGCCAGCCCGCAAGACUCAGAGCCAGGUCGUGGUGCUGGCUUUCCAGGGCAACGCACUGCUGGAGCAGAUAAGUGUCAUCGGCGGGAACCUCACGGGCAUCUUCAUUCACCGAGUCACCCCGGGCUCCGCGGCCGACGAGAUGGCCUUGCGCCCUGGCACCCAGAUCAUGAUGGUGGAUUACGAGGCCACGGAGCCCUUGUCGAAGGCCGUCCUGGAGGGCAUGACCCUGGAGCGAGCCGUGGGACUUCUCCGGAGGGUGAACGGCUUCUGCUGCCUGUCUGUGAAGGUCAACAUGGAGGGUUACAAGAAGCUGGUCCAGGACCUGGAGGCCAAAGUGGCCACAUCAGGGGAUUCCUUCUACAUCCGGGCCAACCUGGCCGUGGAGGGGCGGGCAGAGGGGGGGCUGCAGGUGCAGUGCAACGACAUUCUGCACGUCACGGACACCCUGUUCCAGGGUGGCAGCUGCUGGCACGCCCACCGCGUCAGCCCCUACAGCACCAAGGAUGCCGAACAUGGCACCAUCCCCAACUACACGCGGGCUCAGCAGCUGCUCAUCGCCCUCAUCCAGGACAUGGCUCGUCAGAGCACCGUCACCCGCAAGGCUUCUGGGGGGGCCCAGAAGUUAGUCCGUAUCAUCAGUAUGGACAGAACCGAGGCCAGCCCUCUGCGGUCAUCCUUUGACAGGGGCCAGUCGGACCCGAGCCAGGGAGAAGACCCCUCCACCAUGUGCUUCUGGGCCGAGAGCUGCUUCACCCUGGUACCCUACACCCUGGUGCAGCCCCACAGGCCCAGCCAGCCCCGGCCCGUGCUCUUCGUGCCCAGGCUGGUCGGCAAGAUCCUGAGUGAGAAGCUGUGCCUCCUCCCAGGAUUUAAGAAAUGCUCAGCAGAGCACUUGAGCCAAGAGGAGUACGACGCGUCCAGCCAGAGAGGGGGCAUCGUCCAGGAGAGGGGCUCCAGUGGCCGCUACUGUGUGACCCGCAGAGCAGUGGAGGCCCUCAUGGAAAAGAACACCCACGCCCUCCUGGACGUCCGGCUGGACAGAGUCUGUGUCCUGCACAGGAUGUGGAUCUUUCCCAUCAUCCUCCACGUCUCCAUCAACGAGAAGGUGGCAAAGAAACUCAGGAAGGCCCUGCAGCGGUUCAGCACCACGGAGGACCAGCUCCUGGAGGCCGCAAGGCAGGAGGAGGGCGAGCUGGACAAAGCACCCUGUCUGUACAGCACCCUGGCCCCCGAUGGCUGGAGCGACCUGGACGCCCUGCUCAGCUGCGUCCGCCUGGCCAUCACAGACGAACAGAAGAAGGUCGUGUGGACAGAGAAGAGGCCUUACUGAUGCCCCCACGACAAGCAAAUUUAGAAAAUGAACUUCGAUAUAUUUUACUAAAAUAGAAAGCUUUUACAAUG